GCGUCCUUCACAAGCCAUAUAAAGACCAGAGACGCUGUCUGCUGCUUUGCUGUCGCUGCCAAAGACAGACAACAUGCUGCCUGCCGUUGUAAAGCUCUGCUGUGGAAUCUCCUACCCGCAUCUGAGGAGUCUGGCAGGACUUCAACGCACAGCUGUGGCAGUGAUAGGCCAGGAGCUCACACACAUGCAGAGAUGGGGACAGGUCCAGCAUCACAUGAGAACACUUGCUGGAUUAAAGUAUAACGAGCCCGAACCUGAAGAAACAAAGCCCGUGCCUUCGAAAGAAGAUCAGCUGUUCUACGUACAACAAGGUCAAGAAGCGAUGAGGAAGGCUCUCUGUAUGGUGGAAGACACGCAAGGGUGGAAGGUCGAGAUCACAGAGAGCGGAGGGGAUGUUAUUUCUAGCAAAGUGUUGCCGGGGGCCAGGAAGGUCUUCAGGCUGGAGGCGGUCCUGGAGGCCAGCGUGGACGAACUCUACGACCUCCUGUUUGUCCGAGUGGAGGAGAUGCACCAGUGGAACCCGAGCAUACGGCAUAUCAAAGUUCUGAAGCAUGUUGGACCCGAAACGAUCGUAACACACGAGAUUUCAGCCGAGACGGCGGGGAAUCUGAUUGGCCAAAGGGAUUUCCUGAGCGUCAGACACAGUUGCAAACGAAAGUCCAGCCUUUAUCUCGGAGGAGCGGCGAUUCAGCUGGAGUCCUUCCCACCUCAGGCAGGCUUUGUGAGAGCCGAGGACGGACCGACCUGCAUCAUCAUUCGGGCUCUGGAGGAGGAUAAAGGAAAAAGCCGCUUCACGUGGCUUCUUAAUAUGGACGUCAAGGGCUGGCUGCCAAAGUCCAUUGUCAAUCAGGCUUUGCCCCGAGCACAGCUGGAUUUCACCAGACACCUCCGCAGACGUCUCACAGCGAGCGCCACCCUGAGCUAACCGAGUCUGAGAGACACCCACACUACAGCAGCAGCAGCAGCAGCAACACCCUGUCACCACUCACAGGGGGGAGACUGGGAGACGGAGGCACGGUGACAGUCUGGCUGCUCGGCAAAACACUGCCCUUUCAGAGGGAGCAGAAACGCUGCCCGGAGGAGACGCUCAGCUCCAGAGCUGGCACACAUCAGUGUCUAUCAGCAGCCGCAGUGCCAGCCCGGCAGAAGGCAGCUGGUUUAUAGGAAUUAAUGUCAGUGUGCCGCUCAAACCUCAAGAUUACCUGAGUAGGAGUCACCACUUGUCUGUCGACACACGACUAACUGGAGGACAACUGGACGAAAACUAAUAAAGUGCUUGAAUGUGCCUACUUUGUCUGAUUCAUUUUCAUCCAUCACUACAUAAAUUCCUUUCAGCAGCGAGUCAAGAGUCAAAAGUAAAUGUGCAUGACUCAUUUCAGACUGAAUUAAUCAGUAAAUGUAAGGUUUUGUAACGAAUGAUUCACACUCGUUUACAGUAGCUUUUACAAAUCUUUCUCCGCAUAGCCUCGAAAUGGAAGUCAAGCAAAAAAACAGUUCAAUAUAACGAGAGUAAAUGGAGGCUGAAUAGAGGAAUGACAAGAAUCUGA